CUGUGUCGGACGCCGUCGCACCGUUUCUUCGUGUAAUCGUUUGACGCGUUUGAAUAAGGAUUGAGCUUACUUAAAAAGAAAAAAAAUUACAUUACUCUUUUUUGCGUCAAUGGUGUGUAAUCGGCUGCUAAACUUCUGCCUCUUCAUUUUGACUACUAGUGACUCAUACGCUUUGGAUUGUUCUGCUGUGUAAUGUUGGAUUUGUUGUGUAUAGGCAUUAGAACAUUCUGGAAGCGUGUGAUGAAUGAUCUGGUAAAUGACUUGGCUCGAGUUGUGUCUAACGAUGUAGAAGCUUGAGUUUAAAUUGUCAUUCUUCAGUGGCUUGUAGGAGUUGCCUGAAUCAAAUUGGCUUACCAAGGAAUCUUUGUCAAAAUAUCCAGAACAAAAAUUAAAAGGAUGUUAUGUCAACUAUCCAUAUUUCAAGAUGCCCCCGCUGAGUGUAAUUUAGUUUCAGUGUAGUUGAGGAGUGAUCAGAAGUUUUACCGGUCUCAAAAAAUGGCAGAUCAACAACAGGAAACCUCAUCUGUAGAUUCAAAGGAAGGAACUUCACUGCAAGAAGAGGGCAUUGGAAAGGAAUUUCUUAGCUCCUGGAAAUCAAUAUCUAUGACCGAUGAUGAUGUGAUGGAUUUCAGUUUUGACAGUGUUAGUAAAGGAAAGAAAAAGACGUUCAAUUUCGGGAAACUGGACAUGGAUUUCAGUCUGGAUGGUGAGUUUGAUAAGAUAUCAUCAUUUAAGAUGGAUAUGUCAGACCUUGAUUUUUCAUGCUCGCCCAAAAAACCUACAAAGUCUAAGGAGAAUAAAGGUGACAUAUCAGACCUUGAUUUUACAUGCUCCCCAAAAAAACCUUCGAAGUCUACAGAGAAUAAAGGGGGAGACAUAUCAGACCUUGAUUUUUCCUGCUCUCCCAAAAAACCUGCAAAAUCUAAAGAGAAUAAAGGAGGAGAAUGUUCUGGCGGAAAAGAAGGAAGAGGGCAUAGUUUUGACUUCAACUUUGAUUUCAACGAGAUGGAUAGCUUCAAUGUUGAUACGAGCUUGUUGAAAGGAGAUAAUACCUCUACCAUGUAUCUGGCUAAAAAAGGAACUACUUCACGCAAAAUUGAUGUUAAAGUCGCUAAAGAACCUGGAACCAAAAAUAACGAACAUGUCCAUGGAUCUAAUGUUCCCAUGAUUUUGAAGCCUCUAUCAUCAGAGACAGUGGAAACCUUAAAAGUUGAGAUUAUGGUAGGUGAUCAAAAGGACCCAGAUUUCAUUCAGGAUGAUUCUGUUCUAAAGGCUUCAUCUUCUGGGAAGCUGGAUGUGUUAGUUGAAGCUAGAUCUUCAACUCCAAGUGCAGAAGAAAAGGAACAAGAAGGAGAAAUACCUAUGAAGAGACAUUCCUCAGAAUCAAUAUCUGAGGAUAUCGAUAACCCACCUUCUCAAUCUGUUGACCAGAAUAUUUCAAAUCAAGACAGCAUUGCAGAUCAGCAUACUGAAGUUUAUUCUCUGGGAACAAGAAUGAUUACAAAUUCAGGUGGUAAGCGAAGUGUCAACAAUAAUAAGGCAGCAUAUGCGGACCCUGAUGGAGUAAAGUCACCAUUAGAGAUUUCAUCCUCACUUCAAAUGAAAAAUUUAGAAAGUAGUAAUGAAAAUAAUUCGUUUGGCAGCAACACCCAAGCAGAAGCUACAAACGACCCUCGUCCAGUUGACAGUGACUCAAGUUUUGAAAAUAAUGUUGCAGCAGAUAUGUCAAAGAAGAUUUUGCCUGAUAAUGACAUCAAGGAAAACAAAAAUCCAACUUCAGAAGUUCAUUUAGCUACAGCAAGCAGUAAGCCUGUAGUUGAUGAAGGGAUACUGAUGAAAGAUAAAGAAAUCAAAGGCAUGCAGUCAAAGUUGUUUGGCAAAAGAGGGGAGAAUGUUCCUUUAAAGUAUAAUUCAUUGACAAAAGGAAUCUCCUUUGGCUGUAAAAGAACUGGUGACAUGCAUCUUGGAUCCAUAAUCAAAGCAAGGGAGAGCUUCAAAUCAGAUGACUCAGAAUGUGGAACCAGAUUGGUUAGUGACUCAACUCCACGUUCCACCAAAUCAGUGAGAGAUGAAUUAGCAUCAGUUGAUGGCAAUGAUGAUGCUAAUAUUCCUACUAAUGCUCAAAAGGGUAUUGUUUCUGAUGGUACUCAAAGUGGAGGAAAGUUAGCUGAAACCAAACAGCCAACUCUCCAAGAAGUAAAGAAAAGCAAAACCGCGUUGCUAGAUACUGAUAUGUCCUCUAAAGAUGUUAAUAUUCUGAGUUCUCAUGUUAAUCCUUCGUGCUUAACUGAGACAACAGCUAGACAUGCCAACAAGAUGCCUGUGAAUCUUCAAGCUCAAAAUUCAGAGAAGGAACCCCUUAAAAAUUUAAGGGCAACCAUAGAAGAAAAUAAACUUUCUUCAAUUAAAGCUGUCAAGAUCGGCUUUAAGGCUGCAAAGCUUGUCGAAACUGACAAGGAAUUAGCAACUCCUGCACGUCAAAAAAAAACUAACUCCCCAGCAAACUCUGAACAUAAGGAAAUGCGGGGCAUUACAGCAGCAAAGAUUGACCAUCAUAUUGACAGUUCUCCGAAUCAAAAGCCUGCGACCCCUUUCCUAAAGAGGAAAAACACUAAUGAGCUUUCAGAAGCAGAUUUAGCGCCCUUAAGGUCCCUGAAGCGACUCUGUCACUCUCCUAGUGAAAUCAGAAAUUCCAAGGGGUGCCCAGAAAAGGUUGUUGGAAAGGUGGAGAGUAGGCCCAACAGCUCACUCUGCAAUUCUCCCACAUCCAAACUUCAACGUCCACUGGAGAUUAACCUGAUGGAAGUGAAAUUACCCACUUCUGCGUUCUUGGAGGAUAACAGCACUGUUGAAAAGGCUGAGUCUUAUACAAAGGAACUUGAAGAUAUUUGCAACAUGCUGAAAAAGAAGCACGAGGAAGCGAAAGAAUUAAUAGUUCGGGCAGUUGUGAAUAACAAUAACCUGUUGAUGCUGAAUCAUCCCAUUUAUGAAGAAAAAAUUCGGAAGGUUCAGAAACUUGCCCUCCACUUGAUAUCCAAGGAGAUUCAAACUUGAUGGGCGGCAAACUGCUGCAUGCAGAGGGUACAGAGUUAUGCAAUUCCUGUUGAAUUGAAGUUGUGAAUUCUUUGAAUACUUAAUAAGACUUGGAAGAAAGACAGGAGAAAGCUGUGAGGAGGCGAGGAGUUCAAUCAAGGGAAUAUUUUUAACUACUCCUUUAAACCAUGUUUUACAUAAAAUUAGUUUGACUUUUCCUCUUUAAUCCUCACAUGGCUCACCUCUCACACACACCAUCGUCACACUUCAUUUCACUUCACUUGACUCAACACUUUCGACAUCCAUGACACACUCACACUUGCAUUACGCACCUAUAUAAUAUA